AUGACCCAGUUUCCUUCCUUCUACAAUGGUUCUUUGAUACUUCCAUGGCCUGAACAAGCCUCUACUUCAUAUUUUGUAUGUGGGACCACUUCGUCCUCAUCAACGGAAGCAAAGGCCCUGGCCAGUUUAAGGAGCCACAGCCAGGCUGAGAGGAGGCGUAGGGAGAGGAUCAAUGCUCACCUGUCCACCCUGAGGAGUCUCAUACCAAAUGGAAGCAAGAUGGACAAGGCCUCACUGCUAGCUGCCGUUGCAGACCUCGUAAAGGAUCUACAUAGAAGAGCAUCCGAGAUUGGCGAAGAGUUUACAAUCCCUACAGAUGUGGAUGAAGUCACAGUGGAAUGCGACGAAAAUGGUAACUGCAACAGCAACAAAAAUGACAACGAUGACAGCAGCAGCAUCAACAAGGAACGCAUCACCAUAAGGGCUUCUAUGUGCUGCAAUGACCGGCCGGAGUUGUUUGCAGAUCUCAGUCAAGCACUUGAUGGACUAAAACUUAGAACUAUUAGAGCAGACAUGGCUACAUUGGGAGGAAGAGUAAAAUUUGUUCUUAUAUUGUGUCCAAAGGGUAGUGAAGAGAAUGUAUGCCUUACUUCUCUCAAGGAUUCGUUAAAAGCAGUUCUAGAUAGGGUUGCUUUUUCUAUAAUGUCAUGA